GUGACGCUAUUCGAGUAAUUCAUAAUGGCGGUUUAUUGUUGAUUACGCGAGAGAAUGUGAGGCAAAGUAUUGAAAAACUGCGGAAUGACAUCGUCGUAAAAUGUCUCAAGACAAGAUAGUUGGCCUUGAUAUUCUCUUGGAAUUUUUGGAAGUAGCGUUUAAUCACAUAUUAUUUUUUCGCAAAAUCUAUCCGAAGGAAAUUUUUGUUAAGAAAAAGAUGUAUGGGAUUACGAUAUAUGUAUCGGAGCAUCCAGAAUUGAACGAAUAUUUAUCAAGCGUUCUCAAUGCGAUCAGGGAAUUGAUUAAGGAAGACGAGAGCAGCGUUAAGGCCAUUAAUCUUACCUUCUACAAUAGGAACAAGUUGCCAAUAGAAAAAUUUGUCUUCGAUAUGGUUAAAUUGCAGGCAGAGCUUACAGAGAAAGAUCCAUAUUAUUUGAAGACUGAAGAAGCACUCAAGACAGUCUGUUUAAAAUUAUCAAUGUGUGAUACAUACUUGAGACCCAUUCCAGACAAUUCGACCUUUUCUAUUGAAAUUCAAACAUAUGAAACUGCACACAUUGUUCUCAGCGAGAACCCAAAGUGUCAAGACUUUCCAUGGAUUAUUAAAGACGAUGCAGUAGAGAUGACUGAUAAAAAUCUACUGCCACUGAAAGAUAUUCAAACCGAUGGCUUAAAUCUGCAACUAUACGUGAUCGAGGACACAGCGAACAAAACGUAAUAUCUUUUUUAUUUUGUAUAAAACAUAGGAAAAUACAUUUGUUUGCAAUGGUU